UUACUUCGUCCAUUUUUUAGUUCAUCCGAAUGAAACUACAACUCACCGGCAAGUUAAAUGCUACAGAUGUAGAAAAUGUAUUAGUCUGCAUUAUUUGAAGACACACUGAAAACUAUUUUAAAUUUAGGCUGUUUUACCAGAGAAGGCGAGCCAGCGUUACGCAUGCAGGAUUUAACUAAUUAAAUAUUAACUAGAAUAUUUUCUCACAAUUUAGUUCAACAUUAACUAAUAGCCUUGCAGUGUCGCGAAUGAGAAGACCAUCACUGUAGGUCGGAUAAGGAGAGACAGACCUUGAUGUUGUGACCUGGUUGUUUGUGAAAUGAAGAUUCUCGGCGAGGAAGAGCGGAGGGCCGCAGAGCAGGUUUUGCGGCACUAUUUACCUAAAAGUUCCAAGGUGUAUGGGUAUCUCUUCGGAAUGAACCGGAAUAAGCCAAGCACACUUCAGGUCGUUGUUGACACCUGGCCUGACUUCAAAAGCAUUAUAUUCCGACCUGACCUAAAGAAUGAGCGUGUGUCUGACUACACAAAGAAGGUGACUUUAUUCUGUACAGAUGCGCAAGUCUUGAAAAGAAUGAUAGCAGAGGAGAAUGCAAUUGACUGGACCACAUAUUUUUUGCUUGGAGGACUCGAUAUCACUCUGGCACCCAUGGUCAAGGAAGUGGCAGCCUCUCGGGGAGUUAAUAUGAGACAUUUCGUACUGGUUCAUCUCUUGACCUUAUCAGACCCUCAAGACCUACCCGACUCUCACAGCAGUAUCGAGGACAGGAUAUGCUCUCUGAACGAAUCGCACAUCGAGAUAAUAAACAAGGCGUGGAAAUUUGGAGGAACUGAGAAGGGAUACAACAACAUUAAAAACCUCAUGUGCAACUUCCCCAGCUGCUGCAUUGUGGAUGAGACAGGCCAGCCGGUGUCAUGGAUGCUGCUGUACGACUACUGUGCUCUUGGGAUCCUGUACACAAAGCCUGAGCACAGAGGGAAAGGCUACGCCAAGGCCCUGAUCGCUUCCAUGUCAAAGAAGCUUCAUGCUCAGGGCUAUCCAGUGUACUGCUUCAUAGAGGAAGACAAUGACACCUCUCUCAGGCUCUUCAAGAACAUGGGGUUCACAGAGGACCCAUCCUACAGAGCAAUCUGGUUUGAGUUUAAUUUUUAGACCCACCAAAUGUUUUCUGUUGAAUGCAAAUCAGUCAACACUAAGUGUCUACAUAAAGCACAACAGUAGAUGGUUUUUGGACGUUGGAGCUGCACAAAUUAAAAGUGUGUGUCAAUCUCAA